GCGGCGGCGGCGGACGUGUUGUUUUGGCGGCGGCGCCGGCUGCCGCGGAGCCCGCCGAGUCCCAGCGCCUCACCUGCGCCCGCUGCGGCGGGCCCACCGACCGCCUCGCCACAGGUCACCUCCCCAGGCAGAGGAUUCCCAGGUUUCCAGCACCAGGUCUGUCUGCUGAGCUCUGGACACUCCGCAUCCUCCAAGCUGGCCAACAAGCUGGAUACUUGAUUAUGCGGUGCUUACUGCACGCCUCUUCUUCAGUGUGCACAAGAUUCCCAAGUUCAGCCUGUCUCCAGCUCAAGUUGCCCUUCCUUACCCUCGCCCACACAAGACAGAGCAGCUCAAGUGGCUUAUACCUCCUGUGUUUGCAUUUUGGUGAAAGGUACUUUUUCCUACAAAAAUUACUCAAGGCAGGGCCUGAACAGCAGUCUCUCUUCUCUGUCCUUAACUUUUAUCUUGCGGGAUAGGCAGUCUGUUCACAGGGUUAGAAACCUGAAAGAACCACCAGGCCCCUCACCUGUCUCCUCGCUUUGUCUCAUCUUCCCACCUGAAGAGCAGUCAGCGCAUGGAGCCCUGGGGACACCUCCGCUUCGGCACAGACUCGCAGGAUGCUUAGAGGGUGGCAGUUGACUUGAAAGCAGAAGACCUUUCCUAGGUACAUAAAGGAAAGUCUGUAUUGCAUUUUAGAAGAUUUCUAGCAAACAGCUAAAAUUAGUAAGAAAUUUAUUUUCAAUGACAUAUACUUUUCUGUAAGAUUCACUUCUGUACAAUGCCUCAUUCUGUGAUAAAAUAGAUUUGACACAUGAAGACGUGACAAAUACACAUUUUAAUGCUUUGUAUAUAUAUCACUUGCCUCAGUCUUCCUUGUGAACCUUUUAAAUUUGGGAUGGUAGCUAAGUUUAUGUACUUUAUCAUUCUCCCAAAGAGUAUUUAUUAUACGUGCCAUUGAGCCCGCUGCUGAGGAUACAGCAGUGCAGAAGACACAUCCCACACCCUUGAAAUCGUGCACGUCGCUUCUGAACUAGCAAUAGAAGCGUUGGGUCAGAUUUAUUGGCUGUUCUUCAUUUAGUUCAGGAAUUUUUAUUGAGUAUUGAUGUGACUUGGUCACUGCACUGGCCCUGGAGUGUCUUCACAGGUGAAUAUGCAGUACAACAAAAGGGCUGAUGAAAUGGCUUCCGUGGAAAGUGAGUGCGUGAACAGUUGGAUCAAGACCUACAGCUGUUCACGUUACCUUGUAAACCAUGUCCUGUUCUGUCACAGUUGCACACACUCCUCAGUUUACUGACUGCUUUGGCGUAGUGUCUGGUGUAGGCGUGUGAGAGAUGGUCGUAAACUACUCUGGCCACGUUAGACUUGGGUAUUAUCAGCCCACUGGGUGGAAGUACCUGAAGCAGCUGAUGGUGACAUGUGUUCUUGAUAUGUGGACAUUUUAGACAUAGUUUACUUAGGAUCUUGGGGCCAUGCUCCGUAACUGUUUAAACCGACACUUUCAGAUUUCGUGUAAACAUAUUUUUAAGAUUCACCUGUAGUAAAAGAAAACAGUACUUAUAUCCAUAAGCUGAGAGAAGCCUGAGGGACUGGAACGUUCUGGUAAAUUCCAAGGCUUGCUUCACGCGGCCUUUCCCAAACCUAGAGAGCAGAGAACAAGUCUCCAGUCUUAGGUAUGUCCCACUAGCUAAAGAAUUUUAAGCUUAACAUGGCAAGAUUCAGUAAAUGUUUGACAGUGUCUUUUGUUAAUAUGCUUUGGUAACGUGAUAUAAUAAGGCGCAGAACCAUAAGAAAAUAUUUGUAUCGUAAGUGGAAAUGCAUUCGAUCAGUUUCUCUUAUCUGGUUAUCGGUUACUUAAUCUUUUGCUGAUCUCAUUUUUUCUUCCCUUUUCUUCAUCUACCUUUGCACUAUUUUGUUUCUUGGCGUUAUACCCCAGGGUGUUCACGGAAAGAAAGAAUUAAACCUAUUCUUGUCUGCUUUUCACCUGUUACCAUCUCUGAAUUCUUCUAAAGUUACUUGUAAAUCUUCCCAAAGAUGCCUACUUUAUUCAACUAGAGUUAGUAAUAAAAUAUCAUUGUAACUUGUUUAAAGGUGUUUUUACAUAUACAGUUGGUCCUCUGUAUCCACGGGUUCUGCAUCUAUGGAUUCAUCCACCGUGCAUCAAGAUAUUGGGGGGGAAAAGUCCAGCAAGUCCCUAAAAGCAGAACUUGAAUUUGUCACGUGCCGGCAACUAUAUACAUAGCAUUUACUCUGUAUUUCCUAUAUGUAGCAUUUAUGUAUUGGGUAUUACAAGUAGUCAAGAUGAUUAGGGGAGGAUGUACAGAUGUGCAGGGUGCAUGCGGUUACUACCAUUUAUAUGAGGGACUUGAGUUGCACAGAUUUUGGUAUUUGCAGGGGGUGGUCCUGGAACCAACGCCCCCCCCCCCCCACCGCCCCAAUACUGAAGGGUGACUUUUAAUUCUCACUGAGAAACUUUAUGCUAAUUUCAUGGAAACCGAAUAACUGAUUCACCUACUCCCUCUUGUGGUAAAUAUUUAGUUUUAUCCCGAUGCUUUUAUUUGUAGUUAUUAACUCUUGAUUAUCAUUUUAGCAAGGAGAGCACAGAUUUGAAUAGUCCAAAGAGAUUUAAAAAAUCAUUUAGAUGGGCAUGGCAAUAAUUAGGAGGGUGUAGCUAGGGUGCUCAACCCAAGCUGCCUUGUUAGGGUCACCUGCAGAGCCUGGGCCUCACCCUGAGAGAUUCCCUCCCCCUGUUUACAGUUUAAAUCAAAUUAAAUUUAAUCGACUUUGAAAUUUGAUUUUAAAAUUCACAGGUUAUUCUAACAUGGAGUCAGGGUAGAGAACCACCUAUAAGCUGCAGUUUUGCUUCUACAGUUAAUCAGUUCUGUAUUCAAGGGGAGAGCAUGUUAUAAUUUCUAAUGAUUUGUACCCAUCUUGUACUUUAUGGUGUGUGAAAGACUUUUACAUAAUUUACAUGAUUUUCCCACAGACCCAUUCCAUACAGUAGGAAAGACCUCACAUGGUAAGUGACUGGUCUGAUGAUCCAGCUGUAGCAGGAGCCAGGAUUGGAAAUGAAGGCACUGGCCUUAAUCCACCCGGUUUCUCAGCACCCUGCAGUGCUUCGGUCUCACACGGACUGCGCCUUGUUCAUCUUCAGAGCUCCUCUGGUUAUGUGCUGUGCACUGUGAGGUGCUUUUUGCUUGUGGCUGUUCCACGGAUUAGUUCUCCGCACAGCACGGAGGACACCGGGCGUCCUGGGCGCUGUGCAGCUCUCAGGUGCCCGGGCCUGCACACCACGCUCAGUGCUUCAGAGGGGGCGUGGGGGUGCUGGGUGUCACACAGGGCCAGCAGCCAUGUAGGUAAGAAGUAGAGGUGUUGAUAGACACUUGAUACCUAGACCUAAUAAUCAGCGACCUUUAUGUAUAAGCUCUCAUUAUUGACUAACUGGAAGAUGAUAAAUAAGCUGGUUUAGGUCCAAAUACUACAAAAGAAAAACAGUCUUUAGAUUUUUUUGUUAUAUAGGAAUUUUGUUAUAUUAUUGCUCUUAAUAAAUGGACUUUUGCCAGCCUUAAAAAUAAUUUCUAAUAUAGGAUACCUAUGUUUUUCUAAUACCUGUAUUUGUCUUAAUAAACUUUGACUUCUGUGUAAGUUUCUGUUUUCUCUUUAGUAUUUAGCAAUUAAAGAUAGUGGUCAACUGUCAGUACUUUGGUUUUUUAAGAAUUUAUAUGACAAAAGUUAAGCUUUUAUUAUUUCAUAGAAAAAUCUCUUCACAUUGGCACAUACAAAAUAACACUGGCAUCUGUUCAGCACAGUCAAAUUAACAUUUCAUCUGUUAGAUGGUGAUAGGGAGUCUUAAGCUCUCGUCUUUUGGAUGCCAUUUCAGUUUUCUCCAGCAACAGUUUAUACCUUUCUAUUAGAAUUAUUGUACAUUACUUAUUUAUUUGAAAAUCUUGUACUUUUUUUUUAAAUCUCUUUGACUAAGCUCAUUAUUUUUUGAUCGAAAAAGUUAUACAUGCAUGUGUUAAGACACACUUCAGACAAUAGAGUGUAAUGGUGAGAAUGCCUCCUUCCCACCCCAGGCAUCUUAGUCCCCUUCCCUAGAAGCAGCUGUGUAUGCUUUUUUAGUUUUCUGUGUUUUAUUCUUCCAUUCUAUUUAAUAACAGGUGUCAAAUGAGUUGUAAUAAAGAGCAUCGCGCUGCAAUUUUAUCAUAUGCUUGAUGUGUUCUAGUUGUAUAUCACAUUCUAAAUAAAUGAGAUACUGGUGACAUUGCCAUUUAAGUUCUGCCUUCUAUUAAUGCAUUCUUUUCAAUUUAUUUUUUUCAACAUGUUAAUUACUGUUCAGUUUAUUAGUGAUAAUUAAAGAUAUAUCUCCAUGAUAUUUUAAAAUUAAGCAGUUCCACCUGUUAAAAAAUCAUGAAUGGUGUUUGUACUAGAAAUUAAUGAUAGUAUAUCGUACAUGUGUGUUUAUGAUACUAUCAAACAAAUCCAUUGUAUGUUAAUGAAAUUGUCUUUAUUUUGUGUCAGGGUGAUGUGAAAAACAACGUUAAGAAAUUUUCUUAACAAACUUUGAACCUUAUUUCCAAAAGGUGCCACUUUGCUUUUAGAUAUUGUAUAAGCAGAAAGCAAGAAAAGGAAAAUGAGACCAGUGGUGUCUUAAGUGACAAACAGCCUACGUAGUCCCUUUUGACUUAGAGCUCUUAAGUUCAGACGCCCUCUGUUACUAAGGCAGUCUGAAAUAUUGAGCAGAAGCCUUGAUUUCUACAUUCUCUACUUGCCGCCUUUAUUAUAGUGUUUAUCCGUUCGGUCCUAUUGGAAGCUUCAGCCCCAGCAAUAGUGACCUUUUUUUAUUGACCUCUCAUCCAUAUAGCCCUCAUUUUGUUUUCCAGAUGGUUGAUGAGUAUAACUAGAUUCCUAAAAUGAAAAAAGUCUCCGUUAUGUUUUACGUUCAGUGGAUUACCUUAAAAGGGUAGAAGGAAAAUUAGAUUCAUUUCCUAGAGCAAUAUUUUCCUUACUAUGUAUAUAAUGUUAAGUAACUGUAGUGUAAUUUGAGUUUUUUUAAAUGAGGAAAACUUUACUCAGUGUUUCCUAGCCUUUUUUGUUUCCUUACGGAAAUUCAAGUUUUCAGAAUAGUCAGAUUCAAUACUAAAUUAAAAAGUGACGUUACUACGUGUACUUCUCUAAGUUUAUUUUUUUUGUGCCAUUUUCGUUUAUUUUUUGAAAAAGGAAAUUCUAGUUUUUGGCAGUUUGUCUUUGGUGAUAUUAAGGAAUUACAAGAGAUCUUAAAAGAUAUUGGAUGGGUGUCCCAGUUAGCAGAUGAAGACUAAUGGUUUGACAGUAAGGAAACAAAAAAUGAGAAGCAAAACAUUUAAGAUUUCAUUGAUCAGAAUAACUUAUUUAAAAAAGUAUAAAGCAUUUCAAAGGAAGGUAAUGCUGUAAGUGUUGUGGUCAGAUGGACCUUUUUAUCUAAUCUUUUUUUAAUCUGAAUACAUUUUCCAAAUAGAAUCAGUUUUUUUAAAAAUUAAUCAAAUGCAAUAGAAAUAUAGUAGGUUUAUCUGCUUUUGACCUGAAGAUAGUAUCUGAACAUUUUGGUUUAAUUUUUAUAGUUAGGUAAUUCCUAGAUUACAAACCAGUAUUUUCAUGUGCCCCCCUGUACAUUCAAAAAUGUUAAUUGAGGACUGAUUUUUUUGUUAUUUUAAAGUUCUUAGAGGUCGGUAGAACUCCAGUAUAUGUUGUAUUUUUAAUGGCAUUCAGAAGGGGGCACAUCCAGUUAAGUAGUUCCUAAGAUACAUACCAGAUACAGAAAAUAACACACACACACACUUUUUCCUGAGAGACCAAUCUCAAAGUAAGACAGGAAUAUAACAAAAACGUAGAAUGGAAAACCUGAUUGGCUCAGUCUCAGAAGUUUGGGACGAAUGAGAUGACUAGCUCAGAACAGUGUGUUACUGUCCUGGGGUCGUGGGGCAGGCACAAGGCACAGUAGCCUUAGGAAAUGGGAAUCCUGUUGGUCACAUUCUCGGCCAGUAGCAGGGUGGGGGAAGGAGCAGUCCCUAGAUCGUUGCCCUGUACCUCGUUCCUGGACUGUCACUCAUCCUUGGCUGUGUGCAAAAAGAAAUGCCAAGUAAGCGGUGUAAAGUGGGCGGGAACAGGAGAGUCAAACCAGCUCCGCCCGGCGCCACACUCCCCUGGACAGUGGGAGCUCCAGAGGCAGAGGGUGUGGUCUCAGCCCUGGAAGUAGCAUUCACUGGGUCGGGGGGUGCUGUGCGAGGCUUCUGUCAUACCUGUGUCAGCCCGUGGAUGCAGACGUUUGAGAAUUACCAAAUUCUUAACAAAUGGUAAAGGAGAAGCUAAGGGUAAUUAACUUAAACUUCAUAUAGAAAUAUGAUUAUCUCUUUGGCAGUAUUGUCCUGACAGAUAAGCUACACCCUGGAGAGAACUCUUUGUGACUUAGUUUUUUUUAAAGCGGUGUAAAUAGGUUUCCAUAUAGCUUUUAAAUCUGUGGCUAGCAGAGACAUAUUUCAAGCCCUCUUUAAAUGCUCCUGUGAUAGAUAAAUGAGCAGAAAUUAAAAGAGCUCUAUAAAGACAUUCUUAAUAUUUUUUAUAAAUGCUGCUGCUACAAUUGCAGGUCCUUUUGGAAUAAAUCAUGGGAUUGAGCUUCAUUCAGAUGUGGUGGAGUAUGCCAAGGAAAAGCUGGAGAGCUUCAUCAAAAAUAGUGAUAGCUUUGAUAAAUUCGAGUUCUGUGAGCCUGCAUUUGUGGUUGGUAAUUGUCUGCAGAUAGCGUCAGACAGCCACCAGUAUGACCGGGUCUACUGCGGGGCUGGAGUCCAGAAGGACCACGAACACUACAUGAAGAUACUGCUGAAAGUCGGGGGCAUCCUUGUCAUGCCUGUAGAAGACCAGUUAACACAAAUUAUGCGAACUGGACAAAACACUUGGGAAAGUAAAAACAUCCUUGCUGUGUCAUUUGCCCCACUGGUGCAGCCGAGCAAGAAUGACAGUGGCAAACCGGACUCUGUGGGCCUCCCCCCCUGUGCUGUCAGGAAUCUGCAGGACUUGGCUCGUAUUUACAUUCGCCGCACACUUAGAAAUUUCAUCAAUGAUGAGAUGCAGGCCAAGGGCGUUCCUCAGAGGGCUCCGCCCAAAAGGAAAAGGAAGAGGGUCAAGCAGAGGAUUAACACUUACGUCUUUGUGGGGAAUCAGCUCAUCCCUCAGCCUCUGGACAGCGAGGAGGAGGAGAAGAUGGAAGAGGAUAACGCGGGGGAGGAGACGGGCCGCGGCGCUGCCCGCGAGCAGGAGACGCCGCCCCAGAACUUGCUGAGGGAGAAGAUCAUGAGGCUCCCCCUGCCCGAGGCUCUAAAAGCGUACUUGACGUACUUUAGGGAGAAGUAACUUAGAGCAAGAAGGAAGAACGCCUACUGAUAACUCCUUUAGUCUUGAAAAUGUAGCAUUGUUAGACGUUAAAAGAGAAUUCUUUCUUUCAUCAGAGUGAAUUUUUAGUGGAAAAAGUAUAACUUGUUUCUGUCUUGGUAAUAAAAAUGAUGUAUUCUGUGAUUAAAAAGAAUCCCUUUUAUAAAAUAUAUUUUUCUUUAAAUCUUGUUAAAAUUGCUGUUUUAACUUGGAGCGACUUCAAGAGUGGAAUGUAACAGUAGUCAAGACUGGGUCCUUCAGACCCUCAUCUGGUUCCUUACAGACUAGUAGUGGUGAGGGUUAGAUUUAAUCUUCCAUAAGGGGAAAUAAUCAGGAAGCAUAUAUGUAGUCUGAUUCCAAUUGCAGCCAUUUGCAUUUCCUCCAUGAAACCUUUAUCUAACAAGGAAAUCAGAAGCUUUGUGUGUUGCAGUCACUAUUGCUGAGUUGCUGUAGGUCUGUUCCGGGCAAUGUAUGAGUGCAAUAACGAUGCAGAUACGGAGUAACGUAGCUUUAAAAAGCCUCCUUUCAGGGAGUUCAACAGCACUGCUACUCUUGCUCUUGAAUCUGUUGCCAAGACAUGGGGAAAACAUCUGCUUCUCUCAUAGAGAUUUUAGGAGCAUGUCAAGUGAAUAUUAAAGUAAAACGUAUAUACUUAAUACAACUCUUAGUUUGGGUGGACCCUUUACAUUUUCAGUAUUUAAAAAUGAUGAGGUUAUCUUACUCUGAAGUUUUAGAAGAUAGUAUAUUUAGGACGGUUUUCCCUGUAGUCCACUGUAUAAAGUAUUUGCUUUAAGAGAGUCUGUUGUUCUACGCGACUGUUGAUGGCUCAUCGGUGAAUCGGCCUGAGUGGGCUGGUCACAGGUGCACUUUAGCAAAGGAAACUCCUGGUUCAUUGGCAGGUUCAUCCUUGACAAGCAGGCUGCGCCAGCCUGCGUUUGCUUUGAAAUUCAUCUUUGUAGCAUAGGAAGUAGUCACAGAAAUUAUAUGUAGGUGACCUUUUCUUUGAAGAUUCGGAAUCAUAGUGUCAUCUUUGGGACCUACACCGGGCUCAUUUAAUUUCUUCCCAUGUUUUUAUUUCGUUCUUGUUUCUUGUGGUAAAGUGACAGUGAUUUUCUUUUUUUGAUUAAUACCCCAUACUACUGUAUUCAUUAUUUGAAUGUCAGUAGUGAGACAGGUGGUCAAUGCCGUUAUUAGUGUUUCUUUUCUUCCUACUGGGGCAUGAAGAGUCAUGCCUUGUUUAAGAAUAUACAGUGUAGCAUAUUUACUAUCUAGUGUUCCGUGGAUUAUAUAUUUUUUAGAAGGGAAAAUUUGAGAGUAUCACUUAUCACCACCAGCAUCACUGUUACAACUGGUGAACAAGUAUGCUUGAGGAAACGCAAUCGAUGUGUAGUGGAAGGAUUAUUAUGUCUCUGCAAAGAUUCAACCGUUAGAUGAAUGGUUUAAAAAAAAUCUCAGCUCUGGUAAUUCCACACAUGUAAAAACAACUGUUUGAAAUAGUCUAAGCAUGAAUCAUCCCAGGUAAAUCAGGAUAUUUUAGUAAUGUGAAAGAUAAUUUCGUGGAAGCUGUUCGUUUUUUACCAUUGACUGGGCUUGGGGGUAUCUCCACAAUUUUUCUUAGGCGAUUACUAAGCUGUUAUUGUUAAGAAAUGCCCCAUUCAUUUCUAGCAAGGAAAAAAAAAUAGUUUCAUGCUAUUGUCACGUUAGAAAUGUUCCUUUUAUUUUGAAAUCAGUGUCCAUUUUAGAAGUUUAAUUUGGGGCUCCUGGUGCCCACAUAUUUUUUAUCUAGCCGCCCCCCCACCAGCUUUGUUGUUUUCGGGGCAAGUGUUCAGAUAACGUCAACACGACGUUUUCUUAAAUCGUGGUGUUAACUAUUCAUGAGGGACGUUUUUGUUAAGGAUAUAUUUGAAGAUGGAGUUUUUCAUAGCAGCUUUUAUUCUGUUGGCUUUGGCAAAAUGUACAGUAGCUUUUCAUAAUCAUUGCCUAUUUUUUGUCAUUGAAAUGUAUCUUUUGUGUUUUUAAAUGCAUUUAUUUCACAGUUGUGACUUUACUAUUGACUUCAAAUAAAGAAGUAGAAAUAAAGAAUGAAAUUUUAAGCAAAAGCCCUUUUAUCUAUUAAUGGGAAUAUAUUAGAAUGAUUAAGAAUAUUUUGGGUGUUUAUUUUUUAAUGAAUCAUGUUAUAUUUGAGUGUGGAUAAUUGUGCUUUAUAGGUGGAGAGGUAGCAAAUAAAGAUGAAGUAAU